AUGUCUUCCCCCCAGUCCGGCCUCUACUUUCUCCCCCUCGCCCCGGCCACGUCCUCGUCCUACCCACGCGCCCCAGCCAGCCGCGCCCCCGGCAACGCCAACUCCAACUCCGUCGCGGUGACGCCCGCCGCGGCCAACGAGCCGCCACAGCAGCAGCCUCAGCAGAAGGGAAACAAGGAGGAAGAUCAGCAGCAAGAAGCCUCGUCGCGGCGGUCGUCGUCCAGCUCCAGCAACGGCACGGGCUACAGGGUCCUCAAGCUGGGCCCCGUGCACUGGGGCGAGCACCUCGACGACCACAAGCUCGACUACCACGAGACGGUGGUCCUGCCUUGA